CGGCCGUGCGGUGGUGACUGCCGAACCUUAUCUGUCCAAGAACCAUGCGCAGCCUGGUCAAGCUCCAGUACAUGCUCGCAGGAGUCGCCGCGGCGAGGGAGUGCGGCGUGGCCACUUACACGGCGGAGCAGGUGAUUCCGUCGACCGCGAUUAUGGAUGGGCUGACACCGCCAGUCGUGGUCGGUGACGCGUCCAACCUGCUCUCCCCGCCCGUGCUCGACCUAGGCGGUGUGUGGUGGAUUCGAUACCAGCCCCUCGACGACUCCGAGCGCGGAGAUCUUUCCUGGGAGAACCCGGCGGUCAAGCUGUACGCACACGGGGCAUUCGAGGAGCUCAUGACCUUUGCCGACGCAUCGAGCAACUCUUCGACACUGCCAGCUGAGAUCGGCCUCGCAUACAAUCGGAUGCAUCACUGGGCCUACACCGACACCUUUAACUCGUACGCUGGGCGCAUCUUUAACGCCGCCGAUGAGGUGGACACGCCGAUCCACAUGACCUUUGGCAACGCAACGCACGGCAUGCUGAGGGCGACCAGCCCUGACGACCAGUGGCUCAUCACAAAGCUCGACAAGGACCGCUGGCGGAGGGACACCGUGUUUGCCGCGGAUGGACCGGUUGGAGGCGCACGCGUGAGCUACAUCCUGACGCGCGUCGUGAGAGAGGAUGGCUCGCCCCACCCGACCUACUUUGAGGCCUUCACGUCGUACAUGGGAGCGCGGCAGCUGCGGGUCCACGCCACCGAUAACGUGUGCCUGCGGCGUUGCGGCGCCUGGGCACCAGAGCUCACGUGCCAGGUGCCGCAGCUCUGCGACAUGUGGUGCGAGCUCUCGGGCACCUGGUGUGCUUGACAGAACAGCGCAGCCUCCACGACACGCAGCAUCCAGCAACAAGUGUCUGCGCGCUCUCUCUGCCAGGCGACGACUCCGAUAGGCACACAGCGGGAGAGAGGAUAGCAUCCAUGUAUUGCAUAUACCGGUGUCAUGACAAGUGAUGAGCAUUCUUUGUUCAUAUCGUAACGGUAUUGCUGGUUUGCUACGGGCUACGCGUCAUUACGGCGCGGUCUGUGGGACGGGAAAAGGCUACGCUAGGGAAAAGGACAGGAUGUUAACGUGGACCGAUGAUUCUUUCCUCCCUCACCCAGCCUCUGUGUGUGGGUGCCAGUCAGAGGGAGAGAAGGCGGCACGGCGGCGGCGGCGCGGCGCCAACCCAUCCCCAUCCGCCUCCGGGGGAGAGUUUCCCUAGCGCCUGCUCCGACAGACGCUCCGAACAUAUGCUCGAGAGUACCAGGGAGGGGAGGGGAGCAGAGCACGGGAGGGGAGAGGAGAAGAGCUGGCGUCAGCACUCGCACCUGACUCGCACACGCUGCGCUCCUCCCGCCGUUACCGCCACCGCGAGCGGGGGGGCGACGCGAGCAAGCGUGGAGCGAGGGCGAGGACCGAGAACAGGGCUUGCAUCGAUGUGCAAACGAUUACAAGCUCUCACUGUGGUCCCGCC